UCUCGAGAAAUUAUUUAUUUCUUCUCUGUCUUAAUAAAUUCCGUCGGCAACCGUUCGCCGGCAUUUCAGUUAUAGUUGUUCUCGAGCCUAGGGUUCCACGUUGCAUCCCUUGCGUUACCGAAUUAAAAUUUCCUUCUCUUGGUCGGUGAUUUUAUCGGAGACGAAGUUGGAGAUCUCUCUUCCUUCGUUCCGUGAACGGAUUUGGAAGUCUCGUUGCCAUACGGAAGAGUUUGGUGAUCCCAGAGAGAGCGUGGAAGGAGGGAUGGGCCAAGUGCUUCUGGAAAUCGAACCUCGGGAACUGAAGUUCACCUUUGAGUUGAAGAAGCAGAGUUCGUGUUCGGUUCAUCUUGUCAACAAAACCAAUGAUUACAUUGCCUUCAAAGUUAAAACUACAUCACCCAAGAGAUAUUGUGUGCGACCAAACACUGGAGUCAUUCUACCCAGAUCAACAUGUGAUUUUACAGUUACCAUGCAAGCUCAGAAGACAGCUCCUCCUGAUAUGCAGUUAAGAGAUAAGUUCCUAGUUCAAAGUACAACUGUUCCAUAUGGUACUACAGAUGAGGAAGUUAUCCCCAGCUUUUUUUCUAAAGAAAAUGGCAGAUAUAUUGAAGAGAACAAAAUGAGAGUCGUUCUUGUUAGCCCACCUCAUUCUCCAGUACUGCAACCACUUAAUGGAGCUUUAAAGCAGGAGCCAGUUUACGAAGCACCUGAUUUGAAGGAAACUCCUGUUUCAACCAAUCAAGAAAUGAAUGGGGUCGAGAAUCUUCAUCCAUUUCAUAGCCUACUGGAUAUUGAAAUGCAUUCCAUUGAGAAGACAAUCAGUUUGGUUCUCCAUGUUGCCAAGGAUGCUGAGGAUCUAAAGUUGAAGCUGAAUGAUCUUGAAGUGAAACUAAAUGAGGCUGAAAAUACCAUCACAAGGCUGAAAGAAGAGAAUGGUGCGGCCAUUCAAGAGAGGGAUAAGUUGCAACAAGAAAUAAUAUUGUUUAAAAGGAAGUGUAUGACAAGGACUCGGGUUGGUUUUCCCUCUUUAUUUGUGGUUUUCAUGACAAUAGUUGGUGCGGCAUUUGGAUACCUGUUGCAACUAUGAGAGACGGAAUGAAAGGCAAAGGCCAGAACAGCUGCUUUGUAGUCUGUGACAUUGAAUGCAAUAGAAAACUACUCUUUCCUAGUGAUAAAAAAUAAAAUGCUUCAUGUAUAUCUCUCUAUUAUGAUGGUUUUGCAUCAGAGAAAAUAUAUUAGGUUAUAAAGGACAGUUCUUACUUUGUACAGAGGGACAAUUUGAGAUGCUCUCUCCUGGCAGACUAACCUUGAGUUUUUUUUUUUUCCCAUAAUAAUAAAGCAUGUUGACGAUUUUGUAUCA